AUGUUAUAUGAGUUAAAAAAAAAGAGAAAUCUUCUGAAUAAUUUUUUUCGUAAAAAUGUUUUAGUUGAAAAAGGUUUGAAUAUAAGAUAUUUUCAUUUCAAUAGGAGUCCAGAAGAAAAAAAUGAUUUUAAUUUUUUGAAAAAAUAUAAUUUUCAUUUAUUUAAAAAUGAUGGCAUUUACCAAAAAAAAAAUAUAACGUACUGUACGAAUCCUAAAGGACAAUAUAAAGAAUUUGUAAAAGAGAAGAAUAAUCAUUAUGAAAAGAAAGAAAAAGUAUCAGAUGUUCUUAAUUACCCAGAAAGUAAAUCAUUUCCAUAUGCAUCUAUUUCUAUUAUUAUAGGUAUGAUAGGUAUAUCAGGAUUAUUAAAAUUUUUAAUAUAUAAUUUAAAAAAUUGUGAUAAUGAAAAGAGUAUUAGAUUACAGGUAGAUAAAAUAAUACAUCAUUUAGAUAAAUAUUUUAUUUUACAUAAUACUGAAAAACGAAAAGGAAUGGAUAUAAAUAAUAAAAUUUUUAAUAUAAAAUAUAUAACAUGUGCAUUUUAUAUCAAUGAAAAUAUAUUGCAGUGUUCAAUUCAAUUAUUGACUUUUUUUUUAUCUUCAUGUUUUCUUGAAAAAUAUUAUGGACCUAUAAAAUAUAUUUCUUUAUUUUUAUGUGGAUCUAUAUUUUCUAAUCUGAUAAGUUUACAGUUCUUUAAAUUUUUAAAACAAGUUGAAUCUUUAAGGAUGGUUGAUUUUGUACUUAUACAUCCAUCAGGGUCUAUGGCUUUUAUAUGUGCUUUGUGUUCUUUAUAUUUUAAGAAAUGGGCUAUUUGGAAAAAUAUACCUAUACACUGUUCUGUUUUAAUGGUACCAUAUUUAAUUUCUACCUUUUACGGAAUAUCAUCGUUAUAUAAAAUUAAAAAACACAAUACAAUCAAUGCAAAUAAAGUAACAAAUGAUGAAUUAAAGAAUUAUCAAAAAGAAAUGUUACAAAAUAAUAAAGGUGUUUUAAACAAUAAAUCAGACCAUAACGAUAUGAUAAAUAAUAUUAAUGAUAAUAUAAAUAUACAUAAUAAUACACAAGAGAUAAAUAAGAAUCCUAUAAAUAUGAAAGACUGUCGAAUGGUUGAUACAAACAAUACCUUAAAUACAUUAAAAAAUUAUUUAAUUAUUAAUGCGUGUGAUUCUGUUAUACAGAAGAGGAAAAGGGAAAAUGUGUUUUUUAAUAAAAAAUUACAAAAUUUAAAGAAAGAAGCACAAGAAUGUAUUAACGAAAUAAAUGAUAAGUCAGAAAAAAUGUUUUUUGCUCUUUCAUCUGCCUUUACUGAUAUGUUUGGUAUACUUCUAGCCACAGCAGCUUGCUGUUUUAUGAAAUGUGUUAAAUAUAUAAAAUGA